AUGCCCUCCAGCAUCGCAAACGACUGUGCCAUACCUGCAUGGAAGGAUCCCAAGUGCACGAUUCCAGCGAUAUAUCUCAACUCCAUAGACCAACCCGACGGGAGAGUCGUAGUGAACGUUGCCAAGGCUGAGAAUCUCAGGAAUCAUCAAGAGGAGGAGAUGAGUGUCGCCGCCAAGAUCUGUGUACGAAUGACCAAGACCGACUCGCAGCAAUUGCUUGAGAAGUACGAAUACGGUCUACAUCUAAUGUGGACCUCGUACUCAUUUCCGGACAAGACACCAAUCUGGGAAGAGAGAUCGAAGUUGUUUGAGGUCGACGACUGUAAGAGCGCAAGCCUUGUGGUUGCUCUCUUCACGAAGGAAGGGAAGGACCCAAAGGAUAGAUUCUUGGGAGAAGCGAUCAUCAGCUUGGACAAACUUGCUCAGUUCAACCUCCCGGUUCGCGACAAGUUUGUCUUGAAGCCUAGCGUCUUCUUGCCAGGCAUCGAAGUCUCAGGGACCGUGACACUGCAGGCACAGUGGUUUCCGCACGUGGAGGAGCAGAAGGUGGAGGCCAAGCCGAUCACCGUCUCGGUUAAGAGUCGAGAUAUGCACCCUUUUCAAGAGGACGUGAGGCAAAUCUCAUCUACUUCCCGAGCAGCAAAAGAUGGCGUCAAGGGCGGCAGACGAACUCUAAAGAUUCCAUCUAGAAACCACAAGAGCCCCGCACAUAGAGAACCGAACUCAUUCAUCAGCACCACAGCACUGAAACAGGCUGCUCCCGUUGGCCUUGUUAGACCACUUUACCUGGGUCCACUCGUUUCACCGGACAAGAACCAUCUUUGCAAGAGGCAAAUACCAGCAGAAAGAUGCUCCCCGCCACGGGAACAUCCGGUCGAAGACGGCUACAACAAGCUGAGCGCUGUUGGGUCAGGGUCAGGACAGCCGGGGGCUGAAGAGCAGACGUACGACAAGGGGCUUCGAACGUCGAGCUCAACUGUGGGAGAGUCGCGGGGGAUGACUUGGACUCCGAUGUCCUUGGACAUGUCAAGCUGUACAGGCAUCCCGCUGCAGGACAACACUGAAUGA